AUCAACGCUUAACAAUGAGCGCUGUCGAUAACGCAGUCCGUACGCAAACGUCAGCUGUCGCCGUUGUCAAACGUGCACGGUGGAGCUGCUUGUCAUAAUGUAUUUCAGUUCAUAAAUUCAGUGUUUAUUUACCAUUUAUAUAAAGGAGGACGAAACUAUCACGAUGAAUAUAAAAGCAGCCUUGGCCAUUUUAAUGGUGUUUGUGGGAUGUUGUUCAAACGUAGUGUUCUUGGAAAUGGUUGUGAAAGAAGACCCUGGCGCGGGUAACUUAUCAACAUUUUUGCAAUUUUUGUUCAUUGCCACAGUCGGCUUCUGCACUGUUGGUAAAUUUGGAACUGCGAAAAGGAAUAUACCAUUCAAACAAUACCUUCUCCUAGUCGGAUUUUUCUGGACGAGCAGCGUGGCAAACAAUUAUGCGUUCGAUUUCAACAUUUCUAUGCCUCUACAUAUGAUUUUCCGAGCUGGUUCCCUAAUGGCGAAUAUGGCCAUGGGAGUGUGGAUACUAAAAAAACGUUACUCAGUUUUAAAAUAUGUGGCAGUAUUUAUGAUUUCGGCUGGUAUCGCUAUAUGUACCAUACAGUCAAGCGGAGAUGUCAAGGCACCAAGAGAAACACACGAAGACGCGGUGGAAGAAGAGAAGCUAAAGUUCAUUGAUUGGCUUUGGUGGUGCGUUGGUAUUGCCAUCUUAACCUUCGCACUAUUCGUCUCGGCGCGAAUGGGUAUCUUCCAGGAAUCCUUAUACUCCAAACACGGCAAGCAUCCCUGGGAAGCAUUAUUCUACACACACUUAUUACCUUUAGUAUUCUGGCUCCCAACAUCUCCAAAUUUAAUUAAUCACGUUAAAAUUGCCCUAGAUACGCCCGAAAUGGUGUUGUUAGGGAUCACAUUGCCUCGGCAGGUUAUGUGGCUAAUUUUGUAUGUGAUCACUCAGGGGUUAUGUAUAAGCGCCGUUUACGUGCUGACGACGGAAUGUGCGUCCCUUGUCGUCACUUUGACCGUCACUCUGCGGAAAUUUGUUUCGUUAUUGUUCUCAAUAGUGUACUUCAAGAACCCCUUCACGUUGGGACAUUGGAUCGGUACUCUGUUAGUAUUUAUAGGCACGAUGAUAUUCACUGAAAUGCUGCAGAAGUGUGUCGGUCUGUUUGUACCUAAGAGUGAGAAGAAGAAGCAGUAGAUAUUAAUUGAUACAUACUGUGAUGUAGGUGUACUAUUGUUGCUUUUAAUUAAUUUGACAUUUGAUUUUAAAAUAUGUACAGCUGCGUCGGGGUAACUUCGGAUAAAGGGUUAGUCCGUCUAAUUUAACUUUAAACAUAGAGCAAAACGCCGUAUUCUACUGCUCACUUCAGACAGCAGUCUGCGAAUACAGAAUGCUUUGCUCUGGCUGACUGUGGUACACAAUAUAUAAAAAAGGACGUUAAAUUAUCUGGACUUACCCUAAUGCAUUAUAAUUGAUAAAAUUCUGACGAGCUACAAUAUUAUCUUGAUGCGAAUAAAUUAUCUUAUAAUCUUUUAUAUUUUAAUAUCAAAUAGACAUAGCCAUAAGUGAACAAAACGAAAUAAGUCAUAUAAUCAAAUUUAUAACAAAUUUUCUAAUAUAAGUAGACAAUUAAGUUAUUAUGAACAUUGUAUUAGUCAAGGUCACGCAUAUAACUUUUUCGAUUGUUGAAAUUUAAUGUUAUAAUGACAAUUUUUAUGCAAUGAGAAGACAAUAACUUUACGAUAUUAAUUUAAUUUUAUAUUAGUAUGAUGUUUUUUUAAUAUUUUUUUAGCUGAAUGAUUUGUCAUUGCAAUUCACAAAAAUGGUAGGCCUCAAGGUUAAUCUGACGCCUCUAUGUUGUACAAGAAUUGAAAGCAUUUACCUACUAAAGUAGUAUAUAAUAUAUUUGACUCUUUUUUAAUAACAGCUCAUAACUUAGGCCAUUACACCCUUUUUAUUAGCUUCAAAUGUAUAUAUAUAUGUAUAUUUGUUUGUAGCCGACAUAUUUGGGCGCGAUAUUGACCCACUUUAAACGGACCGAUUUCAUUCAAAAUUCGUAGAUUUAUCGAGGACUGAUGACAAUAAAUUAAUUUGAUAAAAUUAUUCCAUUUUUCAAUUUGCAAAAUAAGAUUUUUGUUGAUUUAUAUAAUUUUUUCAUCUAUCGUCGAUAAGGCAGAAAUUGAUGUUCAUUUUAAAUUUCAACUAUUAUCUUAUCAACCAAAGCGUGUUUUUUAGUUUUUUUUUAAACUACUUUAAUUUGUACUUCUAGAUAGACUACUACAGCUGUGAAAACGUCAAAAAAAAUUGAGUUUAGAUUUAACCUCUAUUUUGAACAAUGUGCGUGCAUUGCUGCACUAAACACAAAGUGUCAUACAAAUCGGGAGUGUUAGACGUAGCUUGUCACGCACACUAAAGUAUUAAACCUGGCCUGUUUUUAUCUUUUGUCUAACAGCAACAGACUCUAUAUAGACAUUAUCUUAGGCACAAAAUUUGCAUUACAACGUUAUUUAUUAUCUUAUUAGGUUAAAUAGAUUUAUUCAAAACAGCACUGUCAUGCUGACAGUUAGAAUUUGAUAACCACAGAUAAAACUCUUAAGUCACGCCCUUAAUGCGGCCAUAGACAAUGUAUUGAUAAUUUAGGAAAUAUAAUGUAAUUUUGUGACUUGUGGAAUAAAUAAUUAUUUGUAAAGCUAUUUAUGAAAUUAAUAAUCAUUGUUAUUAUUUAAGGUUUAUAUUCUUUUCGUUAUUAUAUAUUCAUUGUAAAUUUUUGUAUAUUUAUAUUUUAGUACCGAAUUGUUUUUUUGUACAUUUUGAUAUAAGUACUAAUUGAGUAGCUGAAAUACUAUUUGACUAGGUUCAGUAAUUAAAAAAUAAUUUAUAUUAUUAUUAAUUGAACUUUUAUUUUGUAAGUAUCAAGGCAACAUAAGCAUUGUGAUUUUUAUUUAUCCAUUUAUGAAGGUAAAACUGCUCUAAUUAAAAAUGUAUCUUAAUAAGCUGAAAUUAAAAACAUUAAGCAAUUGUAUUUCAAUGUUCUAUUUAAUAUUAAAAUUAAUUCUUAAAUUUUAA